CAACUUCCCAGGGUAAAAAAGAAAAAGAAAAAGAGAGUAGUCUGUUGUAUUGUUUGGUGGGAUUUCUAUACAGUGGUUGUAUCUGAGACUGGUGUGAGAGUUUCUUGAAAGAUUGUAAUUUUGUUGAGUGUUUGGCUGGUUGGAUUUUGGUUUUGAUUGUAAUGGAUUCUUCAAUAGAAAACCGCGAAAAAGAGCGGUCGGAGAAGGAGAAGGCGAUCGAUAACUGGCUUCCGAUCACGUCGUCGAGGAAAGCCAAAUGGUAUUAUUCAGCUUUUCACAAUGUGACUGCCAUGGUUGGUGCUGGAGUCCUUAGCCUGCCUUACGCCAUGGCGGAACUCGGAUGGGGACCCGGCGUUGUGAUUCUCGUCUUGUCGUGGAUUAUCACUCUCUACACACUCUGGCAAAUGGUUGAGAUGCAUGAGAUGGUCCCUGGGAAGCGAUUUGAUAGAUAUCAUGAGUUGGGUCAGGAAGCAUUUGGCGAGAAGCUCGGCCUUUGGAUUGUUGUGCCCCAACAGCUGAUUGUCGAAGUAGGCGUGAACAUAGUCUACAUGGUCACAGGCGGGAAAUCGCUUAAGAAAUUCCAUGAAACGGUCUGCCCCAACUGCAAAGAAAUCAGGCUGACCUUUUUCAUUAUGAUAUUUGCUUCUGGUCAUUUUGUUCUUUCUCAGCUCCCCAACUUCAACUCCAUUUCAGGGGUCUCUUUGGCCGCAGCAGUCAUGUCGCUCAGCUACUCCACCAUUGCAUGGACCGCUUCGAUUCAUAGAGGAAAGCAAUCCAAUGUGCAAUACAGCUAUGCAUCUUCAACCACAAAGGGGACAGUGUUCUCCUUCUUUAGCGCAUUUGGAGACGUCGCUUUUGCAUAUGCAGGCCACAAUGUGGUGUUAGAAAUACAAGCAACCAUCCCAUCAACACCUGAGAAUCCAUCUAAGAUACCAAUGUGGAAGGGUGUGAUUGUUGCCUACAUUGUUGUUGCCGUAUGCUAUUUCCCGGUCGCUUUGGUCGGUUACUGGGCAUUUGGGAAUUCAGUUGAGGACAACAUUCUUAUUAGCCUAGAGAAGCCAGCUUGGCUAAUUGCAGUUGCAAACUUCUUUGUUGUAAUCCAUGUCAUUGGCAGUUAUCAGAUUUACGCAAUGCCUGUGUUUGACAUGUUGGAAACUCUUCUUGUGAAGAAGUUCAAAUUCCCGCCUGGUCGUACUCUUCGCCUAGUUGCACGCUCGAGCUACGUUGCACUUACGAUGUUUAUUGCUAUGACCUUCCCUUUCUUCGGUGGGCUACUUGGAUUCUUCGGAGGAUUUGCCUUUGCGCCAACGACAUACUUUCUCCCUUGCAUCAUGUGGCUUGUGAUCUACAAGCCCAAAAAAUUCAGCGCAUCUUGGUUUGCAAAUUGGAUAUGCAUCAUACUGGGGAUCAUGCUAAUGUUCGUAUCAUCGAUCGGCGCUUUAAAGACCAUCAUUGAUUCUGCCAAGAACUACAAAUUCUACUCAUAAUCCAUGUAAACCCAAGUUGGGGUUUUUGGCAAUGGGCAUUGGUGGUGAUUGUGGCAGGGGACCUCAAUACCGACAGCUAUGAUUGGAGAGCAUUGGGUCUGUAAGCUUUCUUCAUUGAAACAAAUAGAAGGAGAACCUCUUACAAGCCAUUCCCAUUACUGUUUCUUUGCUUAUUUAUUUGAUAUGAAAGAUAAAAAUCUUCCUAUAUUUUAGACUUCUGCAUAUCUCCUUUCAAAGACUGUGAUUUUUACUGUUUGGGCC